UUCCCAGCAAGCAGCGCGCGGGCCUGGGAAGAGGAGCAAGAUGGCGGAGUCUGAAGAUGGUGUUUCGCGGCCGGCGGGACCCCCUACUGCCCCAAUUUCGUUUAGCUUCAGUCGUACGGCUGCCCGAAGACGGCUGGCCGACCGGGGAGACGACCCGGGUGCGGCUCCGGAAGAGAAGGAGUUCUUGAAGACCGUGGAAGGGAGGAAGCUGCACAGUGUGAAUCCCUCAGAAGCCCCCAAGGAGCUCGUCAUCCCUUUGAUCCAGAAUGACCUUCGAAGGCAGCCACUAACCCAGGCCCCUGGCCUAUCCACAGAUAUUGAGGCCAUUGGGGAUGGGGUGCUGUCCCAGGCUGUGAAGGAGCUCAUUGAGGAAUCCAAGAAGUCUCUGGAGGAAAGAGAGAAUGCGGGUGUCGACCCCACGCUCGCUAUUCCCAUGAUCCAGAAAAGAUGCACCCCCAACGAGGAAGGGGCAGGCAGCGAGCCCCGGGCAGAGACAGUGCCCAAGGAGGCCAAUUACGAGGCAGUCCCUGUGGAGGCCUAUGGGCUGGCCAUGUUGCGGGGCAUGGGCUGGAAACCUGGCCAAGGCAUUGGUCGCACCUUCAAACAAGUGGUGAAGCCUCGUGUCAACUCACUGAGACCUAAAGGGUUAGGACUGGGCGCCAACCUGGCUGAGGUCCAGGCCCUGGCCCCCACUGGCCCCCACCGCCCUCGGAAGCCCGGUGAGGAGCAAGAGAAGGAUAAGGAAGACCAGCCUCAAGGACUGGUAGCUGGAGGAUAUGUGGUGGUUCUCUCUGGCCCUUAUCGAGGACUCUAUGGGAAGGUGGAAGGCCUGGAUCCUGACAAUGCCCGGGCUAUGGUUCGCUUGGCCAUGGGGAAGUCCAAGAACUCCUUGGAUCCCAGCCAUGUGAGCAAAACUUCCUCAGGGCAACAAAACGGAGCAGCCUCGAUGAGGAAGGGUUCAGAACUUCCCACCCGGCAGGGAGCAGAAGAAAAGCGGAAACACCUUCCAGACCGACAAGAUGAGCCUCCAGCCAAGAGUGAGAAAGCAGCCUCGAGGAGGCAGCACUGGUUGUACAGGGACCUGCGUGUGCGCUUUGUGGACAAACUGUACAAGCGCGGCCAGUAUUAUAACACCAAGAUGAUAAUCGAAGAUGUCCUCAGCCCAGAUACUUGUGUGUGUCGGACAGAUGAAGGCCAGAUCCUGGAUGGCAUCAGGGAAGACAUGCUCGAGACCCUCAUCCCCAAGGUCCAGGGCAAACGGGUGAUGGUGGUGCUGGGGCCACAGGCUGGAAGGGUGGGCCAUCUGCUGAGCUGGGACAGAGAGAAGAGCCAGGCUGUGGUUCAGCUGCGGAGAGAGAAUCGGGUGGUGGAGCUUCACUAUGAUGCUGUUUGCGAGUACAUAGGCCCCACUGACUCAGAUGACGACUGACCCGUGGACCCAUUCCGUUCCCCAGUUGCCACUUAUUGUUUGGUGUUGUUUUUUUUCAGUUACCAGUUCUGUACAGUGUGAAAAGCCUGCCUUUGUCACUGUUCUGUCCUGCACUUGCAAUACAGCCCUGGGACAGGGACAGGGCAUGAAAUGGAUAGACCAGAAGGGAGGCUGGAAGCAAACGUAGUAUUUAUCAGCAGUUCAUAUAAAAUAAAAAGCAUUUCAAAUACUUA